AUGGAGAAAUGUGAAAACGAACCAGAUUACCUUUUUCCAAAUAGCGCGGAUGAAGCUAAUAGAUUAAGGAUGCAACAUCAUGUUUCAAAGUUCAUUUGGAAAGGAAACAAUUUCAAUACGCCUUUAAAAAAAAAAUUUAAAGCUGGCGGCCUUCGAGUACUUGAUGUAGGAUGCGGUUCUGGAGGAUGGCUCUUUGAUAUGAGUUGCGAAUAUUCAAAUUGUACAUUUGUUGGAGUCGACAUUUCCAUAAUGUUUAAUGAAGAAUUACGCCCUAAAAACCUUGGAUUCAUUCAAUGCAAUGCCCUUCAUGGACUCCCAUUCUUCGAUAACACUUUUGAUUUUGUUUUUCAAGAAAAUAUGUUUAUGGCAUGGAAAGAAUCUGAUUGGCCAAUCAUAAUCAAAGACAUGUUACGCUGCGUAAAGAGCAAUGGUUGGAUAGAACUAAUGGAAGGAGCUUACGACUUUAAAAAUGUUGGCCCCACAAUGAAAAGAUUGUUGGAUGCAACGAAGAAACGUUUUAUUUCAAAAGGAAUAAAUUUAAAUAUCAAGCCAUGUCUGAAAGGUUUUCUUGAAGCCACAGGAGAAUUAGAAAGCGAAGUUAUUAUAAAUGAAACAAUCGCUCCACUUUGGGGAAGUAAUUUGGGUGCAGUGGCUUUCAAAAUCUUCAGAAAUGCUCAUACAUGUAUUGGUAUGAAUGAAUACAUGGGUAUUUCACAAUCAUCAUUUGAAGAAAUGUUUGAUAUUAUAGCUAAAGAAGUGGAAGUAAAUCAAACAUAUGUUAAAGUACAUAGGAUUUAUGCACAAAAAAAAAAGAAAUAA